UACUGGUCAUACAUAGUUACUGCACCUGGAGAUGGCAUUACCAGUAAAUGUAACCGAAUUUCUGUCGCCCUUCCCACUAUAUAAUCUCGCCUAUUCUUAUGCGCAUUCAGUGCUGGAGAAACAGGCUGACUUGCUGAAUAUUGGCUUAUAUGUCUUAUUAGCUGUGAAUGUAUUAAUUUACAUGUUCCUCCGGAACAAAGGGAAGGCUGAUUUCCCCACCCGCCUACAGGACAUGCAAGCUUUGCGAAACGAGGUUUUAGAAGGAACAAGAACGGCUUAUAAUACACUUAUGGAGAUAGUAGAAGAGAAACUGGAUGAUAGGCUUCGUUCUGUGUUUUAUACAACACAGGCAGAUCUGUCUACUACUCAAGCUGAAAUGCAGCACAUUUAUAAUAACAUAAACACAGAGAGAUGCUCCAUUUUAGAGGCUUUACAGGUUAAGCAGGCAGAAGACUGUGAUGAAUUAAAAAAUAUUUUAGAGGCCUUACAGGUUAAGCAGGCGGGAGACCGUGAUGAAUUUAAAAAUAUUUUAGAGGCCUUACAGGUUAAGCAGGAGGCCUUACAGGUUAAGCAGGCGGGAGACCGUGAUGAAUUAAAAAAUAUUUUAGAGGCCUUACAGGUUAAGCAGGCGGAAGACCGUGAUGAGCUAAAGGAUAUUUUAGGGACGUUACGAGCUAAGCAGGCAGCGGACUGUGAUGAAUUAAAGAACAUGUGUAACCAACUAGAAACUCAAAAAGUCUCUCUCUCCUAUUCCUUUGUUACUAAGAUGCAAGAUACCCAGGAUAGGUUUAAACAAUUGGAUAAUGCCAUUAAUUCAAUGGCUAAAAAAUGCAAGUGGGUGGAUGAUAGAGUUGAGUCUAAGUUUCAAAGCUUGCACCAUGAAUUACAGAACAGGGCUGACAAAUUAGAAAGGUCUGUCAAGUCGAUUGCUGAGGCAAAUCAUGACCUCAAGGCUAAACUUAAACACCUAGAAAACCGUAUGGAAGAGCAGUCACAGCAAUUCACGGAUUUGCUGUCAUGCCUAAAAUCUUUUAUGAUUAAGGAGAUUGAAACUUUUCGAGAGGAUAUCAUUACUAGACUCAAGGAUCAUUGGGAGGAUUUGGAGACAGAAUCACUCCAAUCGGAGGCACCUACUCCACCCAGGUAUCUUGAUCAUUCUAAAGUCAUUACGAGUACACCAUUGGUCAACCCACCAACAAUGGUAGAAAAGCCACCAACUAAAAAGCACUCCCAGGGACAGGUGGCUUAUGUACGGCAACCUAUACAGCUGAAGGAUCUUAAGCAUAUUAAAGAAUCAGUUGUCUCAUAUGGUCUCCAUAGCCCAUACGUAAAACAGCUAUUACACUCAUGGGCAACCUUUAACAGGGUGACACCCGCAGAUUGGAUAGGACUGGUGUCAGCUGUCCUUGAGAAGUCUUGCCAAAUUGAAUGGAAAGCAUUACUUAGAGAAGAGGGAAAACUCGUAGAGCGGCAGGCCAUUAGGGACGGGGUUGAUGCACCCCUUCAGAAGAUCCUAGGAGAAGGUAUUUAUGCUGACCCACAGGUUCAGGCUGAAUAUGACGAUCAUAUGCUGUCCCUGUGCGGGAAAGCAGCACUAAAUGCAUGGGAUAAGGUUCGUGAGCCCGGAGAACGACUAGAAAUUUACACGAAAAUAGAACAGGGACAAACAGAACCAUUUACGGACUUCUUAGGCCGGUUGACCAGAGCAGUAGACAUACAAGUAGCAGAUCCAGCGAUACGACAUCCAAUUGUGUAUAGCUUAGCUUAUAGCAAUGCAAAUCCAAUAUGCAAAAGAAUACUUUUGCCUUUAAAGAUCACAUCAGCUCCAUUAGAAGAAUGGGUUCUGCAUGCUGCCCACAUUGACUAUAAUGUGCAAGGUGCUGGAGUCUGGGCAGGAGAAGCCAUCCCAAGAGGCUUCAAAGGGCAGCAGGAGAGUCCCAGAGGUGUAGGAAGAACCCCCCCCAGAAGACCACAACAGUGUCAGGAAACCAGAUGUUUCAGCUGUGGCAGAAUGGGACAUAUUAAGACAAAUUGUAGACAUGGGAAUUCUAACAAUGCCUCAUACAAAAGGCCACCGCCUUUGGGAUUAUGUAGGAGGUGUGGUAAGGGCAGACACUAGACCAAUGGAUGUAGAUACACCAGAGACAUACA